AUGAGGUUGAGACAGAGUUAUUUGACCGCAAAACAAAAUAGAGAAAGAGAUGAAAAUGAAGCAAUUUUAAUGGUUUGGAAGAGCGUUCAUAAGGCCAUUUGCUUUAUGCAACAGAAAGCUUUUCAAAAUGAAGUUUUGAGUGGAGACCAUUAUGCUGUUAUGGUGAUAAAUGACCAACUCAAAACAUGCCAGUACCUUGCUAGUAUCUUUCGAUUUAAAAAGGAUAUGGCUGUAAUUCAAAGUUUUUCACAAAAAAGAGUUUUUCCAAUAGAGUGA